AUAUUUGUUCAAACACUUUACCAUAUUCACCUGCACCGUAAGCAAGUUCUUAAAAUUAAGCAAAUAUCCUUGAAUAUACUCCUACCUGGGCUAUGUUUAAUCCAAAAAACUAUGAGUAUGACUGCACUAGCAAGUGCCGUUUGCGCAGCCAUGGUAAUGCCAUCACCUCUGCAUUGACCAAACGUUCGAUGAAUGAUGAGAAGCUAUCUGCCUAUUUGGCCAAGACAUGCUGCAAUUUCGCCGAUAUUGUGGACGAUUUGGGUCGAUCUGCUGUUCACAUGUCCGCAUCGGUGGAUCGUUAUGAUAUACUGGAAUGGUUAUUGAAUCAAGGCGCUAUCAUAAGUGGCCGAGAUUUUGAAUCGGGCAGUACACCUUUGCAUCGUGCAAUAUUUUAUGGCUGCAUUGAUUGUGCUGUAUUAUUGUUGCGCUAUGGUGCCAGUCUGGAUAUACUAGAUGAGGAUACACGUUCGCCGUUACAGCAAGUUUGCCGGUUGGGCGAUUUUCCCAAAAGACAUUCGGUACCUCCUAAUAAUGAGUUGCUGGUAUGGGGCUCCAAUAAAAACUACAACUUGGGUGUCAACAAUGACCAAGGCACAGACCAUGUACCCCAAAUGUUGGAUUUUUUUCGCAAAGAGCAAAUAUCUAUACAAACAGUGGCUUUGGGAGCCUAUCAUAGCUUAUUUUUGGAUAAGAAAUCUCAUCUUUAUACGGUGGGUCAUGGCAAGGGUGGACGUUUGGGCAUUGGCAAUGAGAACACUUUAAGCACUCCCAAAAGAGUUAAAAUUACUUUAAAAAAUGCCGGUGAAGAGAUUACAUGCAUCAGUGUUUCGCGUAAACAUUCAUUGGUGCUGACAAAUCGUUCAUUGGUUUUUUCCUGCGGCCUCAAUGAAGAUCAUCAACUGGGGGUACGUGAUGCCGGAGGCAAACUAUUAAAUUUCAAAGAAGUGGUCUCCUUAAGGGACCAAGGAGCUGAGGGCUUGCAAAAAGUCAUAGCCAGAGAUAUGCACUCAUUGGCCUAUUCGGAGAAAUGUAUUUUUGUGUGGGGCACUAAUUCGGGUCAAAUGGGCUUUGAUGCCAACACCAAAAAUGUUACUGUGCCAAAAAUGAUGAAAUUGCCACCCAAAUCAAACAUACAAUUUGUGGAAGCCAACAAUGCGGCCACAGUGGUAGUGACAAAGGAUAAUAACAUCAUAUUAUUUCAUAACUAUAAAAUGAAAGUCAUUAAAGCACCCAACUAUGAAUCCCUGAAAAGCAUAGCAGUGGUUGAAGGUGAAAACUCAAAAUCAGACAAAGGAAGUGCUAGUGCUCUUAAGCUAUUGGUGUUAACACAAACCAAUGUGGUUUUCCUGUGGUAUCAAUUAACACAAAACUUUUACAGAUGUUCCUUUUCUCCUAUUCGUCUGAAGCAAAUCGAUAAAAUUUUCUAUAGAGGCAAUCAAAUGCUUAUACUCUCACAAGGCGAUGUCUAUAGAGGGAAAUGUCAACAGGUGCCAUUGCCACAAUACUACAACAACAGUGAGACCUCCAGCCAAUCCAAGGAUUUGGGAAAUAUAUGGUCCCGCAGUGACUAUCGUUCUUCGGAAAUGGCCAAAGAUUUUAUGAUACGCAUUGAUCUGCAACAUAUCCUACAAAUCGAUCGUGCUGUUGACAUCUUUUGUGAUGAUGAUUUUGCUUCAUUUGCCUGCCUACAAGAAUCUUCCAUGAAAUAUUUCAAAUUACCCGCCUUAAAUCCUGAAGAAUAUACUUUCAAGAAAUUAUAUCAUGAUGUGUCGGAAUAUGAUGCCAUACAUGAUAUAGUUUUUCAUGUGGAUAGUGAAAAGUUUCCAGCGCAUAAGUUUCUAAUACAUGCCAGAGCAUCUGGUUUAAAGGAGUUGAUUUCAUCAUAUCAAGAUAAGGAUAUCUAUUUAAAUAUGCAACUAUUGACGGGGAAAAUGUUUGAGAUAAUGUUGAAAUUUAUUUAUUCCAAUUACCUGCCUAACGAACAAGAUUUGGAAGAUAUACAAAGAAGUUUACACACAGAUGCCCCCUCCGAUUUGGAUGAAGUUUGUCAAAUCUUUUUAAAUUUUGUGGAACAAUUUCAUAUCAAUAACUUGGCUAAUUAUUUGAAAUACUAUUUACAACAACGUCCGUUUUACUUACCCCAUAUUGUGGACAAGUCCAAGUAUCGCUUUAAUCGCCUGAAACUAACCGAUUUUCCCAACCUCUAUGACAUUCGCAUUAUAUGUGAGAAUAACAUUGAACUACCUGCCCAUAAAUGUGUUCUAGUUGCCCGCCUAGAAUAUUUUGAAAUGAUGUUCACCCACACCUGGGCCGAACAGACAACCAUCAAUUUAACCACUGUACCCUAUGAGUAUAUGUUGGCCAUUGUGGAGUUUCUGUAUAGUUUGGACGUGGAGCAUUUUCGCAAACAACAGCAUCGGGAAACAUUUCUCUACAACAUGAUUGUGUUCUGUGAUCAAUUUUUCAUUGAGAGGCUACGUAAGGUAUGUGAGAAUUUACUCUUGGACAAAAUAUCGGUGAGGAAAUGUGGUGAUAUGUUGGAAUUUGCCACUAUGUACAACUGUGAGAUUAUGAAAAAGGGUUGUUUGGAUUUCAUAUGCCAGAAUCUGGCUCGAGUGUUGCUACAAAAGAGCCUGUAUAAUUGUGAACCAGAGGCUAUUAAAUGCAUCAAUAACCACUACCGCGGCGUGUUUAAAGAUGUUUUUGACUAUCGUAUGAUUACGCCGAAUUCCGAGGCUGUAGAUGAUGAAUGUCUAUUGAGUUUUGUGGAUGACUUCCAAGUUGACCUGUUCUAUCGCAUGGUCGAAGAAGAGCAAUUGAAGUAUAAAUCCUUGAAUAAAUCCAAAUCUAAGGUAGAUGGUAAAACCAAACACAGCAGUACUAGACAAUAUGAGCGCGAGGCCAUAACCUCAAUGAUGGAAACUAUGAAUAUAACGGAAAAUAAGGAAAAGGAAAAGAAUGUGGAGAAGUCGCAAGCCGUUAAAGACGCUGAAGCGGCAGCACAAAAACUGCAAUCGGAAGCUAAAUCCUGGAUGAAGGUGGUGGAUAAAAAGGAUCAGAAGAAAAAGCUAGCUCCAGCGGAGACUGCCGUAAAAACCAAUGAAAUACUCAAAAAAGAAACCUCAACUACCAGCAAUGCAUUUAUCACGCUAAAUAAAACGGGGGAUACAAUGCCAACUAGCCCUAUUAAGGCCAGCACUCCCGAGAAAGAUUUUGACAAUACCCCCUCUACGCCAGGUUCAGCCGCUAAGGCGGUCUACAAUUUUAAUCUAGCCGAUUUGGCCACUUCGCCCAGAGAGAAGCUAUCACAAAAGCAGCGUAAACGUUUGUCGUCAGAAAGUUCAAAUAUGACUUCCUGGAGGGCUCCCGCUACCAACAAUGAAACUAAGCCUAUAGCUGUUCCCCAAAAUGCCUGGGGUGUAGUACCGGCAGCUGGGCUACAAUCGCCUACCAAUCUUGCCUUGGAUUUUGAUGCACCCACUGGCAGCUCUCAAGAUCCCACCUCAUUUGCCAAUAUGAUGAGAAGUAAUAACACCAAGGCAGCCUCAGCUACCUCUCCCUCAACCUCAAACAAUAGUUUCACACAAAUUUUGGCCGAAGAAAAACGUCAAAAAGAGUAUUAUGAGCGGGUGCGCAAUAAAUCGUUGGCCUUAACACAAAUUGAAGAACAGGCCAUAGCUGAAUUGAAGGAGUUUUACAAUGUCGACAAUGUGGUUGACGAGAUCAUAACAAUACAACGAAAGCCAGUGGCGAAUACCAUAAAUUUUGCCAUAUGGCAAAGGAAUUGAGAGGAAGCCAUCAAGGAGAAAGAAGGUAAAAUUAUUUUUUAAGUAACCACCUAAAUAUUUUGCAUUAUUAAAUAGGGCUCUCUUAGCUUUGGGUGAUACUUAAAUUUAGCAGAGGAAGAGAAGAAAUUAUUUUUUUUAAGUUUUUCGAAUGACAUUUCUUGAGUGUCCUUGCUAAAUGUUGUUCACUUAUUUUAUAUUCCUCUUAAAUUGAAAGAAACAAGCAAAAGUUCCAAUAUGAGGGAUAUACUCAAUUUCGUUCAAUCUAUGGUUUUGACUUGUAGAUUUAUAAUUUGAACAAGCUCAUAAGACAGCUUUUGUUUAAUUUUUUAAUGUGCAAAAACUUUUUUAAAGUUUUUGAGCUGUACG